GAGUGCGCCGCCGUCACACGCACCUCGCCGGAGAUAUAAUGCUCGAUUCCAAAUCUCUCGUGAGUGACAUGAAUCGACGUCAACAAACUACGCGCGGAGAAGCGACGACGAGCGUCGUCGUUCGCGGGCCAGUUGCUGCCUUCGGCGCUUGCCACAAGUGCGGAGCGAAAUUGUCACGAAGAAGCGCCUACGACGCCUGCCUGUGCACGCGUUGCGGCACGCGCUACCACGCCGGGGACUGCGGUUCGCGGCUUCAAAGCGCGGGCUACCCGGUUUCCGACCGUUGCUCAAAAUGCUCGUGUCUGUGUCUUUGCACCGGGGGUUCGAUCGUAUGUCACGCAGGCGCUGCUCGAAAGCGACGAUGUUCACGCCUGGUAGCCAGCCCUGAAGAAACCGAAGAACGGGCGGAAAUCAAAACAAGACCCGCGUGCGAACAUCUCUCGAAAGCCGUUGCCGUUUCUGCCGCCGCCGCUGCUACUACUAGUGUCACUGCCCGCGACAGGGCGACGAAAACCAAAGACGUCUUAUCGCGAAAUAAAAGUUCGCCUCGCAAAUCCUCUUGCACCGUAGACGAGGGCACCGUGCAUGCAGUGUCCGCUCGAGUCGCCCGGGCGCUCGCGCACACCUCAUUUCUUACGGGUUCUCUGGCCAUCCUGUACGAGUCCCUCGUCAAGCGCGAACUCGGCCGACGAGACGAACGCAGUGGCGAGGCUGACCAAGCGCAGCUCCUCAGCGUGGACAGCGAAGAUGCCGCUAAGCAGAAGAACGCGUCGUUGAUUCGGGACGCUUUAAGAAUAGAGCAGGCGAACGAAUCGCUCGCAGAAACGCUCGCGCAAACGUUCGCGUCGAUCAUGGACCAAAGUUAG